AUGAUUCAAGAAAAUCCUAAUUCUUGGCCUGACGACAAUACACAGUGGAUUUCUCCAGUUUCUUAUGCCUUGAUGGUUGAAUUUAGUUUUCAAAUUGCAAUUUUAUUCCUAUUGCAAUGUUUCUGGAAUUAUGUUUCUAAUUCCAUCGCAAAAGCUUCAUUGAUGUCAAGAUUCGAAUUUAAACUAUAUGUUUUCUUGGGAGUUGUAUCUGCGUUCUUGUUCCCAGUACUACAAGCUGCGUUCAGUAAUAUUGCCACGUUAAGAGAGGCUAUCCCACAAUUAAUUUAUGGUGCUCAGUUAAUAGUACUUACUGUGUUGGGAACUGUGUCAGGUGGAAAUUCUUUAAAUAGUACAAUACAUGAUUCUAUGAGUUCACAACCUACAAAACCAUAUACUUCGGGGUUGGGGUUAGAUGUCGAUAGAGAUUCAUAUGCUCGUCUCAGUUCAUAUAACAAUAACACUGAUCGGUGUAUUGAAUCCGAUAAAUUUUCUUCAAAUGAUUCUUCGUCAAAUGAAAGCCCAAUUUCUUCUCAAAUGCUACCAGCUGCUCCAACUCCUAUAAUUUCUCAAAUGCUACCAGCUGCUUCAACUCCUAUAAUUUCUUCUCAAAUGCUACCAGCUGCUCCAGCUCCUAUAAUUUCUCCCCCUAAUUCAAUAUCUUCUAAUUCUGCGCCUUCAAUUGCUAAGAAAACAAAGUUGAAGCGUAACAUUUCAUUAUCAAGAGAUGGAAAAAUGAUAUAUGGUGAUACUGAACCACUGGGGAAAGUAGGCGGUUCGGAAUUUGUAGCUGUGGAAAAAGUUGAUGAUCCUAGUAUUAUACCUUAUUAUUUUUCGCGAGACCAACAGUUUUCAAAACCAGAUGAACAUGAUCCAAGAAAAUCGACUCAGGAAGAACGUAUGCUAGUAUUACAACGUCAACAUGAUGAAUUUAAUGUUUUAAGAAUGAAUGCUAUGAGAUCACAACAAAGUUUGUUGCUCAAUGAUGAAAAUAGGAGUGUAUCAAGUUCUGCUAUGAGAUCACAACAAAGCGUGUUGCUCAACAAUGAUAGUAAAAGUGUUUCAAGCUCUGCCAAUACUUUCAUUGAAGAUCAACAGGCUUUAUCAGCAUCGUCUCAUGCAAAAAGAACCUCUGGGGUCCCCUCUGUGUUAUCUAACGUGAAAAGGAGCUCCGAGGCCAUCAGCUAUGAAGAAAGUGAUGACGGCUAUUUUUAUGCUAUGUGA